AUCGUCUUGGAUGAUGAAAAAGUGUGAGAUCAGUAUUAUGAGCAUCUUCAUCAUCGGUUGAUCAUCAGAAUAUUAUUUUCAUCAUCUUCCAUCUUCAUUUUCACUCUCUACUAAUUCUGGUAGAAAAAUAUUCAAAUUGUUUCUUCGAGAGUAAAAAAAAAUUCAUCAGAACUUUUUUUCUCUCACUUUUAACUUCGUAUCAGCUUCAAUCAUUGGUGAUUAAAGCUCAGUUUUCACCUUUUUUCAUUACUAUUAAAAUUGGUUAAUUGAUUUUCAUCAUUUAUCAUAAUUAACUUUUACCUUAAUCAUCAUUUGUCAUCAAAAAUCAAUCAUAAUUAAAGUUAAUUAUUCUUGAAAAAAAAGUUUAAAACCUUUUUUUUUCUCGUUACUUUAUCAAUAUGGUUUCAGUGUUUUCACAAUUAACUUUGUUUUCAACUUUCAAUCUAAUCAUUUUGUUUCAAUUAAUUAAUGUUUCAACAUGUUAUCCAGUUGAUUGCAGUAAAUUUGUAUUCGCACCAACAUGUCGAGGUGUUAUCGCUAAGAGGAUUAAUAGCAACGGAUUCAAAUCGGCAAAUGGGAAAACAAUGCAAAGUGAUUUAAUGGAGCGAUCCGAUUCUUGGCCUGAAGUUAAUCCGAUGUUUACUUCAUCGUCGUCGUACAAAAAUUUAAUCACUAAAUUGUUACCAUCAAUGAUUAAGGAGAUGAAUCCAAGUAACAACAAUCAACUUGGACUCAGAGAUUGGGAUAAAUUUGAUUCAGUUUAUCAGGGAAAUGAUGGUCUAGUUAUGGGGCAAUGAACGAUUGAUCCGUUAAUUGUAUUGUCUUAAUUGCUGUGAGGAUCUUCAAAGCAAAUUAUGAUCAACUAUUAAUCAGCUAAAUCAUUUCAAAACUUUUCACAAUCAACUAAUUAUAUUAUUAUUAUGAUUAUUUAUGCUUUUGAUUGUUUCAUGUAAAGAUAUUUGAUUUAUCCACCAUUGAUUAGAUCCAAUUAAUCUCAUUAUUAAUCAUCUUAAGUCUUUGUAGGUUUAAAAUUUUAUUACUAUUAAAGGAGAGGGAAAAUCAUUAAUCAUUGGAAGACUUUAAUUGUUAAUCGUUGUAAUCAACAAUUAACUCAACGGACGAAAAAAACUGAAUGGCAAGAAAAAUCAAUCCAAUUGAUGCAACAGGAUUAACUUGAUUAAAAACUUUAAUUGUGGUGAUUUUGUGUUUAUCAUUUAGAUCUGUGAUUGAUUAUGAUUAAAUUGUGAAUAAAAAACUAAUCAAGAUUAACAUGGAAUCCAAUCUGAGAAAAUAUCAAGAAAACCUUUGAAUAUUAUAUAUUGAUGACAACUGAUUCCCUUGAUCAUUAACCGUAAACAUAUUUGAUUGUUACCAAUUACAAUGUGAAAUAUUAAUCAAACAAAUUGUUAUCUAUUUCCAAUAAAUCGUUAUAAUGAUAAA